CUAGGGGCUUUGGCACAAACCAACAAAGGCCUGUGUUUUCCCUCAGCCUGAGAGGGGAGGUGGAGCGACUGCAGAAGGAGCACGAGCGCGGCCAGAAAGAGCUGAAGAAAGCGUACACUGAACUGAACAAAAGGAUUACUGAACAUGACAAGUGCGAGAGGAAGUCAAUGGAGCAGGCUAAAGUCACCCUGCAGGUGGUUCAUGAUGCAGAGGAGGUCUUGGCAAAGGCCCAGCAGGCAGCACAACAGGCUGCAGACCAGCUCUCCCUGGCCAAACUCACCCUCAGGGAGCAAUCAGGUGGAGAUGCUGUUAUUGAGCGUGGAGGGGUCCGGUGCAUGCUCAAAGACUUAGACGACGUCCUGCUAAAAGACAUCGGGGGGAAGAUCAAACAGGAUGGAAGAUGGCCCCUAAUUGUGGACCCAUCAGGUCAGGCGGCCACCUUCCUGCGUUACAGAGACACUAAUUACCUGGAUGCCAUGCACUCUGACAACAUGAAGCCAGACACCCUCAGACUGGCUCUGCUGGGGGCUAUCCGAUAUGGCAAGGCCCUGGUCAUCAAUAUGAUGGAUGUGGAUCUCCUGGAGAGUGUGGAGAACCAGCUGAAUCAGGUGUCACCAGGUCUGAGUUCCCAGCUGAUGAGCAAAGAGCUCCUGAAGGAGGAAAGGUACCUGAAUCUUGUGCGGUCCUCAGAUGGACCUCAAUACGACAGAACGGAGUUCAGGCCAGACCGGCUGGAGAUGUUUAGUCUGGUGAUGUUGACCAAACAGCGCCACCCCUCGGAUGUUUUGCUUACUACAUUUUACCCCAUUGAGGUCACUUUGCAAGAACAGAAAAUAUAACCAGUGCUCAACUCAAGACAUUCAAACUCUUUGUCAAUACACACACACACACACACACUGGAGAAAGAAACACCUUGAAACACCAGAAAACAUAGCUACUUUCUCUUAUAUAGCUACUAACUGUAAUGUUGUUUGACUGAAACUAGCCUACUCAAAUUUGUUUUAAUUGUAUUAAACCAAUACAAUACUUAA